AAUAUUUUGGCAUGGCCACGUUGGCCGUACUCCGUUUCAGUCGUUUGACCGGUGCUGCUACUCCUUUUUCAUACGGUUCGGGUUUGAAGCAUAAUCGUAUCCUCAGCGUCAGCUUCUUCGUUACUGUCUCCUUCGUAAGGCAACGGCUGCUGCAGCAUCAGAGUUUGAAGACGAUGGCUUCAUCAGCGUCAGCAGAGGAGAAGAUUGAGGCUCCUUAUGGCUCUUGGAAGUCUCCGAUUACCGCUGAUGUAGUCUCUGGCGCCGAGAAGCGGUUGAGCGGUAUUGGAGUUGAUGGUAGCGGCCGCCUAGUCUGGGCUGAGUCUCGUCCAACUGAAGCCGGACGAGUGGUUCUGGUCAAGGAAGCAGAAAAAUCUGGAGAGGAACCUGUGGAUAUCAUCCCUAAAGAGUUUGCAGUGCGGACACUGGCCCAAGAAUAUGGAGGUGGGGCGUUUGCCGUUUAUGGCAAUAUGGUCGUUUUUUCAAAUUACAAGGACCAGAGACUGUACAAGCAAUUAAUUGUCUCUGAAGAUUCCUUUCCAUUACCACUUACCCCAGAUUAUGGAGGACCUGUGGUUCGAUAUGCUGAUGGAGUGUUUGACUCACGUUUUAAUCGUUAUGUUACUGUAAGGGAAGAUCAUCGUCAAAGUAGUUUAAAUCCAACGACAACUAUUGUAUCAGUUGAUCUUAACCAUGAAGAUAUCCAAGAACCAAAAGUAUUAGUCAGCGGCAAUGACUUCUAUGCAUUCCCACGCAUGGACCAAGAUGGAAAGCGGAUGGCAUGGGUAGAGUGGGGUCACCCCAACAUGCAUUGGGACAAGGCAGAGCUUUGGGUUGGUUAUAUUUCUGAGGAUGGGGAUAUCUACAAGCGCAUCUGUGUUGCUGGUGGUGAUACUACACUGAUAGAAUCUCCAACUGAGCCCAAAUGGUCAUACAAUGGGGAACUAUUUUUCAUCACAGAUAGGAAAACUGGAUUCUGGAAUCUCCAUAAAUGGAUUGAACAUAAAAAUGAAGUGCUAACAGUGUAUUCUCUGGAUGCUGAGUUUACAAAACCAUUAUGGGUUUUUGGAUUUAGCUCUUAUGAUUUUUUACAGAGCAAUGGGAAUAACAACUUGAUUGCCUGCAGCUACAGGAAGAAUGGGAGAUCACAUCUUGGAAUCCUUGAUGAUACUCAAAGUUCAUUAUCUGUACUUGAGGUUCCUUUGACUGAUAUAAACAAUAUCAUUACUGGGCGCAGCUGCCUAUACAUUGAUGGAGCAUCAGCAGUCCAUCCAUUAUCAGUGGCAAAGGUCACUUUGGUUGAUAGUAAAUCAAAAGCAGUUGAUUUCUCCAUUAUUUGGUCCGCAUCACCAGACAGUACAAAGUUCAACUCAUAUUAUAGCUUGCCGGAGUUAAUUGAAUUUCCAACAGAAGUUGCUGGACAAAAUGCAUAUGCAUACUUUUAUCCUCCAUCCAACGCCUGCUAUCAAGCGUGUAAAGAAGAGAAGCCUCCAUUGUUAUUAAAAAGCCACGGAGGGCCUACAGCUGAAUCUCGUGGGAUCUUAGAUCUUAAUAUCCAGUACUGGACUAGCCGAGGCUGGGCAUUUGUGGAUGUUAACUAUGGAGGGAGCACUGGUUAUGGACGGGAAUAUCGAGAACGACUUUUGGCUUGUUGGGGUAUUGUUGAUGUUAAUGAUUGUUGCAGCUGUGCUAGAUUUUUGGUAGAAAGUGGAAAGGCAGAUGGUGAACGACUUUGUAUUACUGGGAGGUCUGCUGGUGGUUACACAACAUUAGCUGCUCUCGCUUUCAGUAAAGUGUUCAAGGCUGGUGCUUCCUUGUAUGGUGUGGCUGACUUGAAGGCUUUGAAAGUGGAAACACACAAAUUUGAAUCUCACUAUAUCGAUAAUCUUCUUGGGAGUGAAAAAGCUUUCUUUGAGAGGUCACCUAUCAACUUUGUUGAUAAUUUUUCUUGCCCUGUGAUACUGUUCCAAGGAUUGGAUGACAAGGUUGUGCCACCAGAUCAAGCACGUAAAAUUUAUCUGGCCUUGAAGAAGAAAGGGGUGCCUGUUGCGCUCGUUGAGUAUGAAGGAGAACAACAUGGAUUUCGCAAGGCUGAGAACAUAAUCUUCACCCUAGAGCAACAGAUGAUGUUCUUUGCUCGAGUAGUGGGGAACUUCAAGGUGGCUGAUGCAAUUUCUCCAAUCAACAUUGAUAACUUUGACUAACCCAGUAACAGGAUUGUGAACCUUGUGUAUCUAUGGAAGGGGUUUAUUGAAUUUGUUUUAGAAUUAUUUUUCCUGAAAUUUUCAUGUUAGAAAUGAUCA